UCAAACUCUAAUUCCUUUUCAUCCUCUUCCUCUUUGCGGACUCGAGGGCAGCUCCGGGCGGAGAGAGCAGUUGAUGGAUUCGGGUCUCUCCUCACAGAAGUGAAUCCCGUGUUGAUGGGGCCCCUGCGUGGGGAUAAGGGCCGCAGGGUGAAGCGGGAGCGUGGGGACAGGAGGAGGUGUGGUCUACGGGAGGUGCAGGUGAGUGUGACACAGCUGGGGCUGGGGUACGAGAGCGAGGAGACGCUGGUGUUCAGGUACUGCAGCGGCCGCUGCCUCCGACACAGACGCACCUACGACCUGGCGCUCGACAGCAUCCAAUCAGCCGGCCUGCUGAAGGAGCCCGCCCCCCACGUGCCCUGCUGCCGCCCGCUGCACUACGAGGAAGACUUCUCCUUCCUGGGGAACAACAACCAGUACUACACCAUCCCCGAACUGUCUGCCCAGGACUGCGGCUGCGUGUAG